AUGUCGAUUGUGAGGCGGAACAACGUAUUCGACCCAUUCGCCGACCUCUGGGUCGAUCCCUUCAAUGCCUUCCGCUCCAUCAUCCCGGCAGCAUCGGAUUCCGACACUGCUGCUUUCGUGAACGCUCAGAUGGACUGGAAGGAGACCCCCGAGGCACACGUCUUCAAGGCCGAUCUUCCUGGCGUGAAGAAGGAGGAGGUCAAGGUGGAAGUGGAGGACGGCAAUAUGCUCGUCGUCAGCGGCGAACGCUCAAAGGAGAAGGAGGAGAAGAAUGACAAGUGGCACCGCGUGGAGCGCAGCAGCGGCAAGUUCGUCCGGCGCUUCCGACUGCCUGAGAACGCCAAGGUGGAGGAAGUGAAAGCCGGGAUGGAAAACGGCGUGCUCACCAUUACGGUGCCCAAAGCAGAGGUCAAGAAUCCCCAGGUGAAAUCCAUUGAGAUCUCCAGCUAA